UUUAACUUGAAAGAAGCUCUCCAUGCACUGAGUACUAAAAUAUGCUUUGAGAUGGACAAGUCGCUGACAGAGCGAGAUCUAUCUCCAUUAAGCAAUGAGGCUCAGUCUUUCCUAAUGGGGCAGAUUUGUAGCCUUACGGAGAAGGAUCAUCCCAUUUACAACUUGAUCAAUAAACGGACCCAGGAGUAUGUGACAACAUUCCUCUGUCUUCCUUAUCCAUACAAGCGUGUUCCCCUAGUCCCUGGGGGACUUACAAUAGUUCAGAAAGAAAUUGAGUUUAUUGGAUUUCACUAUGCCAACAUUGUGAAUUUUAACAAACAAGUGUAUGGACCAUUCUAUGCCGGAAUCUUCCGGAAGCUGCUCUUCAGUGAAGUGGAAGGAGGCAAGACAGAGGCUCAGGCAUAGGCGGGACACUUGAUAAACAGUUGCAUACCACAUAAUGUAAAUACUGAUUUCUCAAAAGAGUACUUAAUCUGACCAGAGAAAUAUAUUUUAUAAAUGAUUUUAACUUGUACUCUGUUCAGAGCAAAUGUAUUGUAAAGAAAAGAAGUUUAACGUUUCUUAUGAAGAAGCCAGUAUUUUUAUAAACAGGUCAAAGUGUUGACGAGUGGAGUCUAGAUGGUGUGAUGGAUGAAGAAUGCAUUUUGUUUGUGUGCUUCGGAGUGUACUGCAGACUCCUUUUUAAUUGCACGUUGGUUUCAGGAUCUCGUGUUCAAUGUUGAGGAUGUGAUGGGAUAACUUUUGUAUG